CCCGUCCCGUCAGGCGCCGCGCCUCCGGGAAGACGCUCUGGCCCGUCCUUGUCGGCGUCGCGGUCUCGCCGGGCCGCGGCUGACGUUGGAUAACAAAGAUGGCGGCGGGGAGCAGCAACUACUGGGAAGAUCUCAGGAAGCAGGCGAGGCAGCUGGAGAACGAGCUGGACCUGAAGCUGGUCUCCUUCAGCAAACUCUGCACCAGCUACAGCAGCACCCGAGACGGAAGGCGCGACAGGUAUAGCUCUGACACAACUCCUCUCUUAAAUGGCUCAAGCCAGGACAGAAUGUUUGAGACCAUGGCUGUGGAGAUUGAACAGCUUCUGGGAAAGCUUACUGGAAUAAAUGACAAAAUGGCAGAAUACACAAAUAGCGCAGGAGUCCCAUCCCUGAAUGCUGCACUGAUGCAUACGUUACAGCGUCAUAGAGACAUAUUGCAGGAUUAUACGCACGAAUUCCACAAAACCAAAGCGAACUUCUUGGCAAUACGAGAAAGGGAGAAUCUGUUGGGAUCAGUACGGAAAGAUAUCGAAUCAUAUAAAAGUGGGUCUGGAGUGAAUAACAGAAGAACAGAACUAUUCCUGAAGGAACAUGAGCACCUUCGAAACUCAGAUCGACUGAUAGAAGAAACAAUAAGCAUUGCCAUGGCAACUAAAGAAAAUAUGACUUCGCAGAGAGGGAUGUUGAAGUCAAUACAAAGCAAGAUGAAUACCUUGGCUAAUCGGUUUCCAGCAGUGAACAGCCUGAUCCAAAGGAUCAACCUUCGGAAACGACGAGAUUCCCUCAUCUUGGGUGGCAUUAUUGGCGUCUGUACCAUCUUACUGCUGCUGUAUGCUUUUCAUUGAUGGAUGUUUCCCCCUGGACUCUUGCUAAACUCAUCACCACCAUCCCUGUUCCCCCCAGUCGAGGAAAAGUGAGUGGGGGAAGCACCAGACUUCAAACAGCCUGCUCGUCACGGCUGGGGGUGUCAGCACGAUGUCUAGAGCUUCUCAUGGUAGACUGCGACACUGGUUUUGGGGUUGAAGCUGCAGUGUUUCUCCUUCCCUGCCGUACAUCUUCCUUUGGUUAAAUUUUGUGGGAUUUGUUUGUCUUUAAUUCCCUUUCUCACUGCAAGGUAAGUAAAUAUGGGAUGCUUACCAGGACUGGUAGAAGAGUUUCUGUGCUCAGUGGUGCUGGGGAGGUCUGUUGUUGGCUGGUAAGCGGAAAAAGGUUGGCCUUGGGUGGAAACUCAGCAGGAAGCCAGUUUCCCCUGUAGGCCAAGUACUGAACACUUUUGCCCUGUGAGAAGAAUAUUGCAGCUUUAAGCCGUCGGGUUGCUUUACUACUAAAUACGUGUUCUGUAAUUCUUUUUAACUCAUGGUUGAGAUACUAGUUAUUUCUGCAUAAUUUGUGCUGUGAAAACUGUGCUUCACACAAAUUCCUCAAAGGAGAAAAAAAAAAAAGAAAAAACAAAAAGAAGGAUUGUUCAGUUCACUUUUUGCACAGAAUAUGAAUAAACUUCCCUCUGAGGAACGUCUGUUAAGGUUUCUUGUGGCUUUAAAGGGACUAAGGAGUCCCCCUUUGUAACAAGGGAGCACAGUGUCCUCGCAGCUGUUUACUGUAGUGUUCAGUCAUCUGAAAAGUGACCAAACAUGAGUUCACCUAAAAGUAAGUCUUUUGGGUGUAAAUACUUUGAUUUUGGCUGGCAUCAUAAAGGUCUUUAUCAAGACAUGAUAAGCAGUUUGAAAAGUCUAUAUUGUAAUUCAGAUAAAGUUAUUCUAAUAGCGUUAAUAUUUUUACACUGUAGGUAGGAUAUAAUCUAAACUGUCAAUUGGAAAUGAAAAUUGUGAUGGUUACACCUGAGGCAGAUGUAUCUGCGUGCAAAAGUUUUGGACAUAACUCCUCAUAUUAAAGAGUUGAAUGUAUGAAUAGUGAAACAAGUAUUAUUUACCAUUGGGGGGGGGGGGCGGGAAUAUUUUUUGUCCAGACAUGCAACAUGAAUCCUGUUGUGUUUGCAUCUCUAAACAAAGCUGACGUCAGGAAUGGCUUUGAUAUUGCAGAUUGACAAAUUACAGAUUUUUCUGCUCUUUCAACAGCUCUUUUCCACCUCUCAUAUCAUAACCCAAUAAAUUCAAACUGAGGCACUGAAAUACCUUUCUAAGAACUUGAUUAACUCUUUUCACAAUCAAUUUACAGUGCUCCUAACAGGUUUCAUGUGUGCCAUUACCCACAAAUGUCAGGUAGCCUCCAGGUUCUCCUCUGGAACAGACUCUAGUGGGACAAACGCAAUUUUUUACUGCUUUUUAUAGUGUCUGUGCAGUACCUGUUGGAGGGAGUAGAGACUUGUGCCUGUGUAGCGUGCAAAACCACACUGUUGCGCCUAAAAUGUCUGUAUGGGUUUGAAGGCUUGUUUGCAGACUGACAACUUUGCGCUAAAAAGUCGACGACGACUUCUGAUCAGUCGUCUUGUCGUUGGGAUUAGAAAGCAUUUGGAAUUAAUAUGUGUUAAACUGCGGGGCUUGUAUUUUAAAUAAAGGGUGAUUAUUUGGUUGAUUUGGGAAUGUUCCUGCUUUGAAAUGAAAUGUUUAUUAAAGGGGUUUAUGAAAAACCUCGAUGGAUAAAAGAGGUUUAUUAAUGAAUCUGUGUGUUGGGAGAUCAGACCUCUUCUCCAUGCUUUUUCUCCGAUUCCCUCCCCCCCAAAGGGAUCCUGAUCAGCAGUCGUGCUUCUGUUUAGGAUUUGUAGGAUUUGGUUGCUAUAUAGUUGGCAAUAUGAGAUCUGCAGUACCGUAAAUAAAUUCACUUAUUUAAUCUUAUAACCAGUCUUUUUACUGGACUUAAUUGAUUAUUUGGUGCAUAUAUUUAAUCUUAUUGUGUGAAAAAGCUGCUAUGGAAACUAUGUAGAUUAUAAUAAAUAUGUAAGCAUAAUUGAUUUUUCAUGUUACGAAAAUGUUGCGGAGGAACUGAUAUAUUUUUAGUAUAAAAACAGGAAUAUGCUGAAUUAUCGCUGAUAAAGCUUUACUGGAAAUGGUUUCAGUGUUGGCAGCCCCUCCACGGUUUUAUUUGUAUUGGUUUUGAAUCCGAGUUUUGUGUUGACGAAUACAUUUAAUUAACCUUGUAGUUUCCCCUUCAUCAUCCUCUUGUAGUCCUCUAGCAACGCGAGCAGGCGUUCUGCUCUGCUCUCUGAAGUGGUGUGUUCGCGUAUGGCCGAGGGGGAAGACUUGCUAAUUCUCCUGAACGGCUCUAAUACCAUGGGCGUGUAGUUAGUGCAGUGGACUGUAAAUGAGAAGAGUGGAUUUUGCAGUAUUUAAUCUCAAACCCCGAAAUACAGGGUGGUACGUCUCCUGUUGCUACGUACGUUCUCUGAGUUUUUCAUUGUGUGGUUCCUCUAAGGAAAAAAAAUGUGGUUAAAGAAGUCUCGUUUCUGCAAUUCCUGGCAAAGCUGCCGUUUCGUAACUCAACCAAAUAGAAUUGUGCCAAGAAAAUUAUUGUUAAGCCAUAAAAAUGAAGCGAGUAAAUCCAUAAUAUUUCUACAGGGCACACUUCACACGCGCACAAUUUUUUUUCAGAUUUCUGCUUUAUUCUUGCCAGUACACGAGCACCUGCUUUGAACCUGUCCAACAGCCCCUUAGACUGGAACGGAAUUUAUAGACUUACAGAACGGAAGGGAUAUGGAUAGCUUUUGGUGCCAUGCUUCACACAGACAUGAAUGUUUUUAUCCUUACUUUUUUGACUUAUUGUUUUUACGGGUUUAUGUGAUCUUCAAACGCUGGUGGCUAGAGCAGAGGAAUGGCAUUCGGGCAACACCCCGUGUUGUGUGUUCAGUCAGUAGCGAGUGUCGGUGUGGCCGUAGCUGAUGAGCAGGGACCGAGCCAGGGCUUCGCAUCCUCUGUGUCCCCGGGACCAAGCAGUGCCGUGCUUCUGGUGAGAGUUUGCCCUUCCUGGAAAGGCACAACACUUCUUUUUUUCUGUUUUUUUUUAUUUCUUUUUUUUUAUUAUUAUUAACCAGUAUUGGUUUCAGGAGCUUUUGGAUAUUGAAGUGUGGUGUAAAUUCCUGCUGGAUUCAUUACACUGAAUAAUCAACUAGAAUUUUUCAUUUGUAGUUUUAGAAGUCCUUUCUUUUGGACGGUUUUAAGAUUACUGUGAGAAGAAAGAGUCAGUUCCUCACUGGAUGUUGAAAACGAAAGAGCAAAAGUAGAUUUUUUUUUUUUAAUUUUUUUUUUUAAGUGAUGUGAAAGUUUCAGAUAAAUCUGUUGAGAGCUUGUGCUCCAGAGCUGUGUUCUGAAGCUCCCCCAAAACUGCCACGCAGGGAGCCAAGUCUGGUCCCCCACUUCCGUCCUGUAACUCAUUUGUUCGGGACUGUUCUAACUCUCUAAACUUAGCAGCUUGUUCCCCAACAUCACUUGUUGCAUAACCUUCUCUUUUUAUUUUUCUACCCCCUCAAAGUUUUCAGUUGAAACAGGAAGGAGAGGUAACAGCUGUAUCGCUUCUGAAGGGAGGAAAUAAUUCCGAAACUCCUUAGAACAGUAUCGGGUUAUGAAACCCUGCGGAGCAGUGGUCCCGUUGAGCAGUGUGCAGUGCAGGAGACCGCAGUGGAAGACGUACCGAGACAAAACUGAGCCAUAUUCUAGGUGACAUUCGCGGGUCCUCUUGGUGCCCUGUAGCCUGUGUCCUGUCAACUGGAUACUGAAACCAGUGGUGAUGCUUUCAGUUCUGAAUAUGUGAGCGGCUGUUGGUCUGUCUACUCCUGAGCGAGGAAAGCAGUUUAAAUAAACACUCAAGACAAAAAAUAAAACCCUUUCUCAGAAAAUAUCCCGGUCCAGACCCUUGCAAACGAGUUUCUGAUUGCACUUUCUGAUUUUUUGCUUUUCAUAUAGCUUCUUGAAAGUUAUUUUAUUGUAACUGUAAUUAUUUUUGUUCUCACCUAUUGUGCAUUCUCUGUAUGUAUUAAAAAAGCUUUGAUAUGUAAUUUAAUAAUAAAUUAGAAUUCUAAGCAGGGUGCUUGGUUCUUUCCCCAUGAUGAUCUUUGCCUACCUAAACUUGAGAGAAGAUUCAUCUCUCCGGUUUGGCCUCGUCGCUGAACAUGCGAAUUAGCGCGUUCUCCAUUUUGGUACCAAAUAUCAGAUAUGAUGGAGCAUUUUCUGACCCAAAAUGCUCCAUUUGGCAGAAUGUGUUCCUCCUGCCGGCGUGUGCAGACCUGGGCUCCUCUUCUCCCCUUCUGUUUCAGGUGUCCACAUUGGAAGGGUCUGAAUAUAGUCAUGACUUUUUUUCUUGCUGCUCUUUGACAGACAGAACAAGGAUGAUUUUCUUUACAGGUAAGCUUUAAAGACUAUUCUGUAUAUGCAUAGUGUAACACAUUUAAUUCCCAAACACAUGCCAAAAUUGAUGUUGAUUUGAAGAGCCUUCUCAGCAUAAGGUGCUUCCGCCCCUUUUUUAAUGCACUUCUCAGUAGUUUGGUACCUUUUCCCCCCCACCCACCCACUUCUGCAAUCGCAGCACAAACACUAAAAAUAAGCUGAUACUUUGAACGUGUUACAAGCAAUUGUAAAAACUCUGUGAGCUUCUGUCGUACCCUGUGGUUUUCCAGCCAUGCUGCGGUCUGGACCGCCUCUAUCCUCCGGCGUUCCAGCCGGGCAGCGUCGUGCCUGGAGGACCCGUCUGUACCUGGCGUUUUUGCAGUUGGUGCUAGACCUUUCCGCGCCGCUCAUAUUUGUUUUCUCAAACAAGAAGGUCUGCCUGGCAGUGUGAUACCUGUCUACUUGCAUAAGGCUCGGGGUGAAGAGAGGCGGUUCUCUUCAUUUCAGAGCUGUCGUGCUGUGCCUGUAGUGCUGCUUUAUAGUAAAGAGAGAUUUCUGUGUCCUUAAUGUGCCUACUGAAUAUUCAGGAAUGACCAUAUGCGUUCUCAAGGGAAGGCUUUGACUCUUCUCUUUCCAGCUGGAGAAGAAACUUCAAAAACUGUUUCGAAAAUGGAAAGGCAAUUCUGGUUUCAGACGGUGGGAAGUGCAGUUAGCUUUUCCAGUUGUGGCAGUGGUAAUAAGUGGUGCAUAAAAUUCCAUCUUCUUUUGGAUUAGAAAUUAAAUUAUUAAUGGAGCUGAAUCCUUUUUUCCAACUCCCUGUACAGUCAAUAAUUUAUAGUGGCACAGGCGUAAGAUAUAUAUUUUUAACCAUCCGCCUCCCAGAAUACUCUUGUUCCUGUUGCAAACUGCUGUCCUUCCUGAGGAGCCGGGGUGCAGUGGGUGUUCCUGCAUUAUGGAUGAGCCGUGCUCCGCUCCUUUAGUCCUGGUGCAAUUCCACGAGCAGAUUUCCUGCUGAAGGGGGGAGCUGAGCGCUCCAUUAGAAAUUCAUAGGGAGAGACAGGAGCGUCUUUGUUUUAUGCGUUUCACUGAGCGUGGGAGAUGCACUGCUGCGUGGACUUGAUUUUUUUUUUUUUUUUUUUUUUUGGAAUGUUUUAAUAGCAAAUCUCCGUGUUUACAGUAGGUAUUUACAUUUUCUGAAUGCCAGCCCUUUAUCCAAAGCAGGGGGCUCCGGGUCUAAAAGCUGUGCGGCCGGUGCCUGUGCCGUAGCGUCUGGGCUGUGCUCAUUAAACACUCAGAGCCUGCUGUUGCCUUCAUCUUCCCCCUUCUUUGCUGGCGCUUGGAGACUGUUACGAGCCCGUGUGCCGCGGCUCAGCCCUCGCUUCAUCUUCCCCUGUCGCUUGCUCUUCGUUCUUAAUGGGACCCCGAGGCUUUGCUAACCCAGUUUUGGGAGCACCGCUAGGACAGCAGGGGAAGUCUGGCCAUAAUCAAAGUCCCUCUGCCUUUGAAACAGCGUUCGCAGUGUUCUCAUUGCGGGUUAUUUUCUGGCUGUCUUGACUUUCGUGCCCUGUGAAUCCUCUGCCGGUCGGUGGUGUGGUUUUUGAGACGCGUGCGAUGGCGUCUGCGUAGGUUUUGCAUCUUGUGUUGCUUUACCUUUGCCUGCUCGCCGCGCUGCCCGUCGCAUUCCCCUCCCUCGCUUCCUGGGCGUUUGGCUUCAACUAGACAUUUCAAACGUGAAUUUAUUU